AUGGCUCAAGUCGAAUCAGACGUUUCCACAGCUGCUAUCGCUAAGAAGAGAACGUUCAAGAAGUUCUCCUACAAAGGAGUCGAUCUCGAUGCUCUUCUUGACAUGCCCACUGAUGAUCUUGUCAAGCUCUUCCCUGCCCGUAUUCAAAGAAGGUUGUCUAGAGGUCUGACGAGGAAGCCUUUGGCUCUCAUCAAGAAAUUGCGCAACGCGAAAAGGAAUGCACCAGCAGGUGAGAAGCCAGAAGUAGUGAGAACACAUCUAAGGAACAUGGUGAUUAUGCCUGAAAUGAUUGGAAGCAUCAUUGGUGUGUACAACGGAAAAACGUUUAACCAGAUCGAGAUCAAACCGGAGAUGAUCGGACACUACCUUGCCGAGUUCUCAAUCUCUUACAAACCGGUUAAGCACGGUAGGCCAGGUCAUGGUGCCACACACUCCUCUAGGUUUAUUCCUCUCAAGUGA